CGCGGUGGGGGCGGCGGGCCCGGGGGCAGCCCUAACCGCCCUGCUGUCACCCUCCCCUUCCUCGGGCUGUGCGCACCUGGGCCUCCGCCGCUCUCCCCCCGCGGCCGGCCAGGCGGCUCCCACAGGUCCCGCGCCACCACCCCCCCAGCUCGGUGCCCCCCUCCCCCACGCUGCCAUCCCCUCCCCGCAGGUCGCGUCGAUGGAGGCGGCGGCGAUGGCGGUGACGAUGCUGCAGGACUGGUGCCGGUGGAUGGGCGUGAGCGCGCGCAGGGGCCUGCUGGUGCUGGGCAUCCCGGAGGACUGCGCGGAGGAGGAGGUGCGGGCCGCCCUGGACGCCGCCCUGCGGCCCCUGGGCCCCUUCAGCGUGUUGGGCCGAGUGUUGCGCGAGCGGGAGCGCGCCGCUGCUGCGCUGGUGGAGCUGGAGCGCGAGGUGGACAGCGCCCUGGUGCCCCGGGAGGUGGCGGGCGGCGCCGGGGGACCCUGGCCCGUGGUGUGCGCGCCCCGGCGGGCGGGUGAGGCUCUGGGCCAAGUGCUGCGCGCCCUGGAGCCGCGGGGCCAACAGGGCGGGGGCGGGGGCGGGGGCGGGGGCGCGGGCUAUGCGGGCCAGGGCUCAGGGCCCAGCUGGCUGCCCGCGGCAAUCCGGGCGCUGAGGCCCUGCCUGGAGGCGGCGCGGUGCCCGCGCCUGGGCAUCUUUUCUGGGAGGCCGCGCCCGGCGCCCGGCGAGCAGGCGUUCGAGACCUGGCGCGAGCAAGCAGCUGAGCUGCUGCUGGCCUGGCGGGCGCUGCCCGAGCGGGAGCGGCGGCGCGGGCUGCUCGAGGGGCUGCGCGGGCCGGCGCUGCAGCUGGUGCGGGCGCUGCUGGCCGAGGAGCCGGCGCGCUCUGCGCAGGACUGCCUGGUCGCCCUGGGCCGCGUGUUCGGGCCCCGCGAGCCGCGGGCUGCCCUGCGCCUGCAAUGCCUGGGGGCGCGGCCGCGGCCUGGCGAGCGCCUGGGCGCCUUCGUGCUGCGCCUGGAGGGCCUGUUGCAGAGGGCGGCCGCCCGGGGCGCGCUGCCCACCGCCUCGCUGGACGCCGUGCGCCUGCGGCAGGUGCUGGCAGCUGCCCCGCCGCCCGCGCCACUGGGCCAGGCGCUGCGCAAGCUUAGCCUGCUGGGCCGCCCGCCCGCCCUGCUGGAGCUGCUGCGGCUGCUGCGCCAGUGCCAGGCCUGGGAGGCCGAGCCGCCGGCCACCGGCCAGGGGGCGCGGGGGCAGCUGCGGGCCGCGGCGGGGGCAGAGGAGCUGGAGUCCGAGCAGGAGAGCGAGCAGGAGAGCGAGCAGGAGGAGCAGGGCGGGGUCCUGCACCCAGUGCCCUCGGCGCCCUCCGAGGCCCCCGGGGCCCCUGCCCCACGCGCUGCUCUGCACACUGUUUCCCGGGCAGGCCCCGGAGGGCCCAACUGUGAGCCCGAGGGCCUGGCCCAGGCAGGGGAACAGGGCACCCCCGACGGGCUCAAGGCCCCCGCGGGGGCCGGGGGUGCGCGCCGCUCCCAUAGGGCCGGUGCCUCUCGGCGUCCCCAGGCCUCUUUCUCCUCCAGCAAGUAAGCUCAAGCUCGGGGGAGCCCGGAGUAGUCCUGCACGCAGCCAGGCAGGGGUGCCAGGCCCGGGCCACUCACCCCGCUGCCCGGAAAGCCCCCUGGCGUCUCCUAGCCCUCAGAACGCCCCCCCCCCACAUCCAGUGUUCAACCCCCCACCCGACCCCCACCCCAGUGUCCUGCACAGAGCCCUGAGCGGUGUGGGGCCCUGAGGGGAGGAGGUCUGGCCUACUGGCUGCUCCCUCUGUGCCCUGGCAUGAGCUCUGAGCCCCAUGGCCAGCCAAGGUGUCCCUCACUGCCACUCGCUGUCCUGAGCCACCUCUGCUCACCUGUGUAGCCCCGGGUCCUGGCAGCUUAUUAUUGUGGUGUGGUGUGGUGUGGUGUG